UUUGAAGUCUUUGCAGUAUUUUCUUUCUUUAAUUUCAAGGUGGAUUCUGGUUUCUAUUUCUUUUAAAUUUGAUCUUCAGCUACUCUUCCUCUCUUUUGUUUAUAUGAGAAUUCAAGAGGCUCUUGUACACAGAGAAAGAGAGAGAGAGAGAAAACAAGAAGGGAAAGUGGUGGUUGGUCAUAUUUAUAGGUAUUUGGGUACCUUCAUAUCUUAGUAAUUCUAUUUUUCUAUCUAUCCUAGAAGUUUGAGAGACCCUCGUGCUUUGAAUCUAGCACUGCUUGAUCUCCUAUAAAAGGAACCAAGCACCUUUAUAUUUGAUCUUCCACACUCUUCAAAGAGAGAGAGAGAUAUAUAUAUGUCAGCCACGUCUCAAACCAUGCUCAACCAAGGUCUCUUUGAGGAUCAAGAAGUGCCUACACAAAUGGGAUAUUAUCCUUUCUCUUCCAACUUGACCUUACCAGCUCCUAUAGGAUGCCACCAAUCUCUCAAAGUCUUCACAAAUACCCUACCUCCUUCACUUGCCUCUGAUGCACCUUCCACUAAUCUCAAUGGAACCCUACUCACAUCUCCCACUACUAAGCACAGAGAAGACACCACUUGUGAUUUUGGAGGACCCCAACUCCUUUCCUUGCACAGAUCCAGCACAAACCUAUGGGCAUGGAACGGAGACGUGGGUGAGUGCUUAAGCACCAAGAGAGGAGCAGGUGGAGAUGACAAUCAUCUUGGGGUUUCUACCUUGAAGAUGAAGAAGAUAAAGGCAAGGAGGAAGGUAAGGGAGCCUCGGUUUUGCUUCAAGACCAUGAGUGAUGUAGAUGUAUUAGAUGAUGGUUACAAGUGGAGGAAAUAUGGACAAAAAGUGGUAAAGAACACCCAGCAUCCCAGGAGCUACUAUCGUUGCACACAGGAUAAUUGUCGCGUAAAGAAACGUGUGGAGCGAUUAGCAGAAGAUCCAAGGAUGGUGAUUACAACCUACGAAGGGAGGCACAUACAUUCUCCUUCACAUGAUAUGGAGGACUCACAAACUCCAUCCCAGCUAAACAAUUUCUUCUGGUAGUAAGAUACUAAUAUGCUCAAACAGUGGUCUUUCUUAUCCUCCACACUAGUGCUUUUGUAUGAGCUUUACGGAAUAUUAUUAGGUAGUACCGGAGCAAUGGUUCAAGUUCUUACAAUGGAGGUGAGACUCACAAGUGGGACCUACCCCCAAUGUGAGAGUUCGGAGCAUUGCUCCAAGACUACCAAAUAAUUACUGAGUUUUACUGUGCCUUUGUUAGUGGUGGGGACUUGGAAAAUAAAACAGUAAUGUGUGUAAAAUGGCCAUGUUUGUUGGGUCCCUACUCUAUUGCAUUAUAAAUAAAAACUUUCUUCUCAAUGAUCA